ACCCGGUCCCAAUUCGCCGGCGCACCAGGAACUUCCGCCCAGCUCACUUUUUUUGCAUCAUCAAAGUUGACAACACAAACACAGAAAGUUUAAGAAGUUCUCAGUGUCUGAUUGAAUCCACAGCUGAAGCAGCCAGUUAUCGACCUCUGUGGAUAUGAUUACAUUGACAAUGAUCGCUCGUGUGGCGGACGGACUGCCGCUGGCUGCGUCCAUACAGGAGGAUGAACAGUCAGGAAGAGACCUCCAGCAGUACCAGAGUCAAGCCAAACAGCUAUUCCGCAGACUGAAUGCUCAGAGUCCGGACCGCUGCACCCUGGAGGCUGGGGAAAUGAACUUCCACUAUGUCAUUUCACAGGGUGUCUGCUACCUGUGCCUCUGUGAGGCUUCAUUUCCCAAAAGUUUGGCCUUUGCAUACCUGGAAGACCUCAACGCUGAGUUCUAUGAGCAGCAUGGAAAAAGGGUGCCCACAAUAACAAGGCCGUACUCUUUUAUUGAAUUUGACACGUACAUCCAGAAAAAAAAGAGGUCAUACAUCGACAGUAGGGCCAGGAGGAACUUGGGCAGUAUAAACACUGAGCUGCAGGAUGUGCAGAGAAUCAUGGUGGCAAAUAUCGAAGAAGUUCUGCGGAGAGGAGAAGCUAUUUCUGCUAUAGACGCCAAAGCCAGCAAUCUAUCCAGCAUGUCAAAGAAGUACCGCAGUGACGCAAAGUACCUCAACACCCGCUCCACGUAUGCCAAGGUGGCUGCUGUGUCAGUGUUCUUCCUCACACUCAUCAUCUAUGUGCGGUUCUGGUGGCUCUGAUGGACUUUCAAGCUGCACUUUCACUUUGAGGGAGGUGUGUCAAGUUGAUGACAAGCAGUUAAUCUGCUUUUGAUACAUCUCUGUGAUUUACCAGGUGCCUUAAAGGGGUCACUUCAAUCUCUCUCAGUUGGAGGUAGAAAAUCUUUCCGCUCUUUAUUCAUCUGAGUUAUGUUAUAUGUACAAUAUAAACUGAGCCGUAGGUCUGCAAUAGAGCUUCUCUUGUCUAAGUCAUGGUGCAUUCAUGUACUUCUGGUUACUGGAAUGUUUAGAACUGCGUGUUGAUAAUGUUUACACACUGUAAAACGGUUUCCUUCAGAGUUCCAGCGUGAAGGAGAAACCAUGUUUUCAUAUGGAGAGGUUGUGUGGAAAAACAAGUCUUAAUGUUGUGAAAAAUGAACGUUUAUUGUUCUACGUUUACAUUAUAAAGAAGUUUGGGUGAAAAGAGUAAAUAUUUAUGAAAUCAG